AUGGACGCCCUAUUAUGCCUAGGAUUGUCAGCCACCGAGGUAACAGGACUUCGCCGCUACCAGGGAUAUGAAGUUGCGCCGACUUGGCAAAUAUGUCUUAGCCUUUUCAUUCUACAGUACUUCAGUCUGAAGUUUUAUCGGAUUGUCGUGUACCCAACCUGUGUUUCCCCAUUGAGGCGGGUACCAGGACCCAAGGACGGCCACCCACUCAUCGGCCAUGCAUACAAGUUAUUCACAGCUUCACCCACCUCGUUGCAAGUUGCCUGGAUGAGAGCAGACCCGAAAGCCACGUUCAUCAGAUAUCUCAGUUUUAGGAAUCGUGAGACCCUCAUUCUCAACAGCCCUCAAGCACAUCGAGAGGUCCUCCAGACCAACUGCUAUGCAUUCGUCAAGCCGGCGUUCUUGAAGCGCGUCAUUGGCGACAUGGCUGGGCACGGCAUCAUGUUCACUGAAGGGGAUGCCCACAAGCGGGGUCGACGCCUGCUGGUCGGCCCGUUCUCACAUAGAAAUAUCAAGCGGUUACUUCCAAUAUUCAAUUUCAAGGCGAAGGAGAUGGUUUCAGUACUUUCAAAGAUUGUUGGGAAUGAGUAUCAACAUGACGUGGAAGUGACUUCAUGGCUCAAUAAGACAACCCUUGACAUUAUCGGCAUAGCCGUCCUUGGUUAUCAGCUCGAUGCUCUGACAUCCCAUUCGGCGUUUUCGGACGCCUAUAACACAAUGUUCGAAUUGACACCCGUAGGCAACAUGAUAGCGGCCGUCAAUGCUAUUGUUCCUGUCCGCUCGUGGCUUCCGCUGAAGGCGAAUUUCGAGUUCGUCCAAGCUAAGAAGACGGUCCGCACCCUCCUCAGGCAGCACAUUCGAAGGCGAAAACAGGAAAUUUUGGAUGUCAAGCACUCCCUGGACACGGAGAACUCCCACUUGGAUCUCCUUUCCCUGAUCCUCAAAGAGAAGUCUGAGGGGCUUGCCCAAUGGACAGAGGAUGAAAUCCUUGGAAAUGUAACGAUCAGUAACUUUCUUCAAGGGCACGAGACCACCGCUGGCGCAUGUGCAUGGGCUCUUCACGCCCUCUCUUUGAACGGACAUAUGCAGAAGCGACUUCGGGAUGAAAUUAACGUGAGCGUCCUGGAGGACACCGACCCAACAGUGGAGCAAAUCGAUGGUGCCCCUUUCUUGAAUAACUUUGUGCUUGAGGUUCUUCGCUUCUACUCACCAGCAAUAUCUACACCCCGGGAGGCGGCUCGAGACGUUGUUAUCUGCGGCCAGUUUCUGCCAAAAGGCACAAUUAUCGAAAUCGUCCCUGCCAUAUUGGCCAUGAACCCGACCGUAUGGGGGCCUACCGUCGAUCAAUUUGAUCCUGACCGCUUUGACAAUUUGCCCCAGGAAGCCCGAGAUCCAUAUGCCCAGCAGUCUUUCAUUUCGGGCCCAAGGGUUUGCAUUGGAAAGUCGUUCGCUCUCCUCGAGUUUAGAGCUCUGUUGGUACAUUUGGUGAGGAAUUUUGAAAUUCAGUCGGUAGGAAACCCAGUCGAGUACCUUCGCGGCUCUCCCUCCCUACGUCCAGCUGGAGGUCUACAUCUCAAAGUUACAAAGAUCUGA